AUGUGGUGGCGUCGUCGUGUCCAGCUACUAAUAGCCGCCCUGUGGUUCCACCGCUGCUGUUGGGCCCAGCCGCCACUCCCGACGCAGCCGCUGGUCAACCUGGCCGACAUCGUGGGUGUGGUGCUGCACACCCACUUCCGGACACCGUUCGCCACCACCCUGGUGACGGUGCGCAGCGCCACCCAGCGCGGGGCCUGGCUGCAGCAGGACCUGCUCGAGCGGCUGCUCGUCCGCCACGGCCAGGGCCAGCUGGUGGUGCAGCUGGAGGGUGUGCCGUCGCCGGCCCAGCUGCUGCACCGCCAUCCGCCCUGGUCGCGCACGCUGCUGCUGGCGGAAAGCUACGACGCCCUGCGGACCGUCUUCGGCCAGCUCACGCCCGACCGGUUCGACUUUACCGGGCGCUACCUGAUCGCGCUCAGCGAGGCGCCCGCCACCCUCGCCACCGUCGACCGCAUCUUUCACGAGCUGUGGAUGCGCCAGAUCGUGAACGUGGUCGUGGCGCUGCGCCCGCUCGACGACGACCAUUCCUCCGCGGCGGCGGCCGCCGGCCCGGUCCAGCUGUGGACGUACUUCCCGUUCUCGCCCGGACUGUGCCGCAUCCCGAAGCCCCACCUGCUGUUCACCUGGCCGAACGAUACGCUGCUGUACGGGGUCGACUUCUAUCCGCGCAAGAGCGACCAGUUCCACGGCUGCCCGCUGCGCGUGGGCAGCUUCGAGACGCGCCCGUUCACCAUCCUGGCCGGCGGGGACGGCGCGACCCCGCCGGCGGUGGGCGGCUUCGAGGGCGACCUGCUGCACAGCCUGUCCGCGCGGCUCAACUUCCGGGAGGACGUGCGGGUGCCACCGCGCGCCCAGCAGUGGGGCGAGGCGGCGUUCGAGAACAGCACCGGUCUGAUGCGCAUGCUCUACACGGAGGAGGUCGACUUCGGCCUCUCCUGUCUCGGCGUGUCGGUCGAGCGAUCCGCCAUGCUGAAGGCGGGCAAGGUGCACUUCACCACCGACCUGGUGGUGGUGGUGCCGCCCGGCAAACCGUACACCGCCUUCGAGAAGCUGUUUCAACCGUUCCAGCCCCCGGUCUGGCUGGCGGUUGGGUUCUGCACCGGGGUCGGGUUCGGGGUGCUCGCCACCCUGCGCCUCCUGCCGCUGGACGGUGGCCGGCGGGCAACCGUGCGGCGCUACGUAGCGGGCGACGCCCGGCUCCAGGCGCCCGCCCUCAACCUGGUGCGCGUCCUGCUCUCCUCCCCGCUGCCCUUCACCCCGACCGGUACCUUCCCGCGGACGCUGCUCGCCCAGUGGAUGCUGGUGUCGCUGCUGCUGAGCCUGCUGUACCAGGGUUCGCUCUUCCAGUACCUCCAGCGGGCCUCGACCCACCCGCCGAUGCGCACGCUCGCCGAGAUCGAUCGGUCCGGCGCGCUGUACCACAUCGCGAGCUCGGCCCGCCGCUACUUCCUGCCCUAUCCGCAGCGGCUCCAGCGGCUCCGGUACUUCCCGCCGGUGCCGGACAGCAUUGCCGCCUGGCUGCGGUGGAUGGGCAGCCAUCCGGGCGAGCGGCACGUCGCCAUGUGCACCCGGGACCACGUGGCGUACCAUAACGCGCAGCACGGCCGGACCGACGGCCGGCAGCUGCUGAUUGCGCGCGAAUCGAUGGCCCUGUACGCGAUCACCAUCCUGUACCCGAAGCGGUCCAUGCUGACCGCCAGCUUCGACCAGCACAUCGAGCGGAUCGACUCGUCCGGCCUGCUCAAGUACUGGUCGGCCCGGUACGGGGACUACCACUUUGGGGAGUCACGCACCUCCUCCUCCACGACCGACCAGCGGGCAACGGUGACGGCCGGACCGAGACCGGUCAGCGUGGAGCAGCUGGCCGGCGCACUGCAGCUGCUGCUCGGAAUGCUGCUGGCCGCGACGCUCCUGUUUCUGGCCGAGCUUGGCUGGGCGCGGCACACGCGGCGGUGGAGACACAACUGCUAG